GCGGAGACUCACAGCAGAACGCGCAGCUCGCACGACGCGCUUCCACAGCGCAGUUGGAUUUGGGAUUACCUCAAACCACAUCUCCCUUGUGGAUCCCAGUAUAGACCACAUCUAUUGUCCGCUCGGACAGUCUGAUGGCAUGCGUCUGUAGUAGUGCAUGUGGAUUGAAUUAUUAUUUGUAGUUGCACUCAUCUCUCCAUCCACGGCGUGCCCGAUGCAGUGGGAUGGAUGGUGUUAGAGUGGGGCUGAUGAUGGUGGAGGAGAGUGAUGAACAGAGGGACAGCAGCAGCAGCAGCAGCGGCGGCGGCGGCGGUGGUGGCGCAGCGAUGGCCGCGCUACACCAGUGUGAACUGAUCCAGAACAUGAUCGACAUCUCCAUCUCCAGUUUACAAGGGCUCCGGACCAAAUGCGCGGCGUCCAACGAUCUCACGCAGCAGGAGAUCCGCACUUUAGAGGUCAAGCUCAUGAAGUACAUCUGUAAACAGCUGCAGUGUAAGCAGAAGGUGCCAGACACAGAAAGGCCGUCGGCCCUGAACAGCUACCCACGGCUGGAGGACUGGUUACGCACCAUCAACGUCAGACCUGCGCUCCUAGAGGCAGUGAACGUGAAGCUGUCAUUGGAUGCUCUGCUGCAGAUGCCUGGCAGUCAGGUGAAGGAAACCAUGAGAAGGCUGGGCUCCAGUUCAGAGGACUGCACCAGGCUGUGUGCUGCCCUCAACUGUUUAAAGAGUGCCUCAGAGUCUGGGGAGUUUAAAGAGGAUAGCGGUUGUUGGUUCUCUGAGCCUAUGAGGCGGGAUAGUGGUGGCUUGACUCCAGUGGACCAGAUUCCGUUACUAGGAGGUUCCAUGCGCCCCCACAGCCCUUCCCCUCUGGCCCGGCCCAUGACCACGCCCUCCACCCCUUCCACACCCCUCACUACCUGCCCGUACCCUCGCUACAUCCUGUCGCCUGGCGAGGCUCACAUUUACCACGGUUACGCAGAGAGUCUGACCGACCCCAGCCCGUAUUACACCUCCCGUCCCGUCAGACUCCACGGACACACCUCGACUCCGCCCAUAACCCCGCCCUCCCGGAGGAGACACCGCCUCAAGCCUCCCUGCACACCUCCUCCACCGUCUCGCAAAGUUCUGCAUCUUCUCCCCAACAUCACGCUGACCCGCAGCAAGAGUCACGAGAGUCAGCUCGGCCACCGCAUCGAAGAUACGCCCACUAACAAGUGUGUGAAGAAAAACAAGCUGUUUCUAAACGUCCAGAUUAAUGGGAACGGUUGUGAGGACUCUCCAUCACGCUCGCCCACUCUCUCCGCACGGACCCCUGGGGCAGCACCGGCCACGGCCCCGUACACUUUGCCAGGCACUCCCACACUACAGGAGGAGCACAUCGGCCUGAGGAAUAAUGUUACCGUCCAUCGCAGUUCACCUCAGGCUCUGCGGAGAGACAUCGGGCUGGCUGUCACUCACAGGUUUUCUACAAAGUCUUGGCUCUCUCAGACAUGUCAAGUGUGCCAGAAAAACAUGAUCUUUGGGGUGAAAUGCAAACACUGCAGGUUAAAGUGUCACAACAAAUGCACUAAAGAAGCUCCACCCUGCAGAAUCUCUUUCCUGCCCAUCACAAAGAUUCGUAGGACUGAGUCUGUACCAUCAGACAUUAACAACCCCGUGGACCGUCCGCCUGAAGCGCCGCAGUUUGGGACGCUACCGAAGGCAAUAACAAAGAAGGAUCAACCACCGGUGCUGAAUCAGCUGGACUCUAGCAGUAAUCCAUCCUCCACCACUUCCUCUACACCUUCAUCUCCCGCCCCCUUCCAGCAGAGCAAUCCUCCAAGUGUAACCCCGCCCCCAAACCCCUCCCCAAAGGGUCACCGUGACAACCGUUUCCACUUUCCAGCUGCCUGUUAUUUUCAGCACCGACAGCAGUUCAUCUUCCCUGAUGUGUGCAGUUCCAGCAUCCUGCAUUCAGAUGGACUUCCAGACACAGUUAACGAAAUCGAUCCAUCAGUGGAGGAGAUGCAUGCGGAACAAGACGAGGAAGACGACAGAGAGGAACUAGAGGAAGAAGAAGAAGAGGAAAUCGAUCCAGAGGAAGAAGAUGUAGCAGUGGAGGAGGAAGACGAAGAGGAAGACCUGGAGGACGAAGAUGAGGAGGAUAUGGAAGAGCUGCACCACGGCUCAGAAGGAGAGUGUGAAGGAGACGAGCUGGAUGACCUGCCCAGCACACGAGGAGGAACCCACUGGAAGGGUCCCAUCUCCCGCAAGGCCAGCCAGACCAGCGUCUACCUGCAAGAAUGGGACAUUCCCUUCGAGCAGCUGGAUCUCGGAGAGCUCAUCGGGAAGGGUCGCUGGGGUCGGGUCCAUCGCGGCCGCUGGCACGGAGAGGUGGCCAUCCGACUCCUGGAGAUCGACGGAAACAACCAGGACCACCUGAAGCUCUUCAAAAAGGAGGUCAUGAAUUACAGGCAGACGCGUCACGAGAACGUCGUCCUCUUCAUGGGAGCUUGCAUGGCUCCGCCUCAUCUCGCUAUCAUUACCAGCUUCUGCAAAGGCCGGACGUUGUAUUCCGUUGUGAGGGACACGAAAAACACGCUGGACAUCAAUAAGACUCGGCAGAUCGCACAGGAGAUUGUGAAGGGAAUGGGCUACCUUCAUGCUAAGGGCAUUGUUCACAAGGACCUUAAAUCGAAAAACGUCUUUCAUGACACAAACAAAGUAGUCAUCACUGACUUUGGCCUUUUUGGGAUCUCUGGAGUGGUUCAGGAGGGCAGACGUGAAAACGAGCUGAAACUUCCUCACGGGUGGAUCUGUUAUUUGGCUCCAGAAAUUGUGCGUAAAAUGAGUCCCGGAAACAAUGAGGACAGACUUCCGUUUUCAAAUGCUGCUGAUGUUUAUGCCUUUGGCACCAUCUGGUACGAGCUGCAGGCGAGAGACUGGCCCAUCACCAAUCAGCCCGUAGAGGCCACCAUCUGGCAGGUGGGCAGUGGAGAGGGCAUCAGGAGGGUCCUGGCAGAGAUCAACUUGGGAAAAGAGGUCACGGUGAGUGCCACGUUUUGAGUCAAUUUAUUAUUUGACACAUGCU